AACUUUGAUAACAAAUGUCAUGAAUACGUAAUAAUUUGAUACGUUAUUCGACAUAAAGUUUUGGGUCGGAACAAAUUAGUUAAUUGUUGCGUAUCAUAUUGUCGAGGAGCAAACAAUCUCGAGUAACCAUGACUAAAUUCAUUAUAAAUACAUUCCUGACUUUGUUGUUAUGUAUUCAAUUCCUUUCGAUUAAAUGUGAUAACGAAGAAAACACAUUUGAAUGCCACCAAAUUACCAAAGAGACUACUGCAGACAAAGGUUCCGAAGUUGUUAGAUGUCUGGAAUGGAUUCAAUUAGAUGAAACCGAUAAUACAAUAAUCGCCCAGAGGAAUUCGCCGCUGCACAGAGCAAUCCUGGUGCCAACUUACGAAUUGGCCGAGAACUCGCGCGUUAACUGCGUCAAUGGUCAGCGACCGGACUCGGCCGGAAUUUGCAGGGAGGCGUGGUAAAGGGUAAUUGCGGAAAUAUUAUUACUCAUUUGGAUAUUGGUAUUGGAAAUAUA